AUGAGUUUAAGCUUCGACGUCAAAAACAUCAAUAUCAAUGGCAAUUCGAGCCGAAUACUACUACAAAAUGAAAAUGGUCCAUGUGCGUUGAUCGCAUUGUGCAACGUGCUGCUACUGUCGCCACAAUUGACGGGACCAGCCGGGCCCUUGAUAGAACUGGUUAUGGCUAAGAGCGAAGUGGGGUUGAACGAGCUAAUCACGACCCUGGCCAACAUUGGGAUGCAAGUGCCACGAGGUGCCCAGUCAGAUGUAGAUCGGCUUCUGCAGCUGCUUCCUCAGCUGCACACUGGACUGUCAAUCAACCCGAUUUUCAAUGGAUCUUUCGAGGACGGCGACGAAAUGGCAUUGUUCAGGCUCUUCAACGUCAGCAUCGUACAUGGGUGGCUAGCCGACCAAGCAAGUGACCCUCUUCAGUACGAGCAUGUGUCGAGCUACUCGUACGAAGGUGCUCAGCAGGCUCUCAUCGAAGCCUACGACCUCCAGCAUGGCCAUGUUACUGCAAACGAACAGAAUCGUUCAGCAGCGGAAGAUGCUGGCUUCAUCAAAACCUUUCUGGCUCGGUCGGCUACCCAACUGACCGACUGUGGUCUGGAACACUUAAGGGAGCUGUUGCUGGAAAACUCGUACGCAAUCCUUUUUCGGAACGACCACUUCGCCACGCUUUUCAAGAAUAACGGCCAGUUGUACACGCUUGUGACCGAUAUGGGGUUCAAAAAGGACCAAGGUGUAGUCUGGCAAUCACUUAAAUCCGUCAACGGGUCACAGGACGCCUUCUUUACUGGUAGCUUCAUCCCGGCGACUUUCAAGCGUUCCUCUACUCACGCCAGUUCCACCACCACGGAUGCCAGGGGAAAUUCUCGAAAUCCGUUUUCCGAUCCCUCGAUUUCCAACACCAAUGCCUCGGGUCCGGAUCCCAAUUUCAUGACCGACGAACAAUACGCACGCCACUUACAGGAACAAGAAGAUGCGCGCGUGGCUAGAAAUAUCCAGAGAAAUUACGAAAACGCUCAGCCUAACAGAACGGCGAAUGCCGACAAAUCAAAACUCGCCAAGAACGCUAAAAAUACGGGAACGCCCAAACGCAAGCGUGAUAAGCUAAAAAAGAGCUGCAUAAUAAUGUGA